GUGUGUAGGAGGGUUCUUUAGAAGACCAUUCCAAACAAAAGACCGUUAAAAAAACUAUGCCGUGCUGUCCAGCCUUUUACGGCCUUGACGAGACAGCUACCAGUUCUUCGCCGAUACCGCAGCCUACCAUGCCAUCAUACCCGCAUUCAAUCAUGACUCCAUUAGCCAUGGACAUCCAUUCAGACACAAGUGACGGUAGUGUAGAGCAAACGCAAUUGGUCCCCUUGUCUUUCAACUCCAGAAACCUCUCCGGUCAAAAACGUCCGCUGCAUGAUGCGUCUACAUCGACAGUGACUCGUGUCAACACACAACACAGAGACACCUCCCCGGGCUGCUCACAUACAAAGAGCGGCCUAAACAAGACCGAGCUCCGCCGAGAACGCAAUCGAAUACACCAGGCCGCCUGGCAGGCGCGGUACAAGAUGAAGCAGCACAAGCUUGUGACUGAUCUCGAAAAACGUAUCGAAUAUUUGAUAACAGAAAUCCAGGAGCUUAAACUGCAGCGCCGACUAAUUCACUGUGGGAUCCCGAUCAACAGGAAUCUUUGGGGCACGGCGACUGAGUUCUUUCGGCUUUUUCGGUCCAGCGUACGACCACCCUUACCGACUGGGGACUCGACAGGAACGCAGAGCGAAUACAUCAUGCAGCAGAACUUUCUACGAGCGACGAUGGCGGCGGAUGUUACAGAUGGUAGAGUCUGUGGGGUGGACGCGCUGCUGCAGACUUGGGCGCUGCAGUCUCUGUGCUACGAGAGGAUUGAUCUGCAGCCAGUUCGCUUGGAAAAUGGUCCACGUGAUUCUCUGGUGGCCAUAACCAAAGGUUAUUUGGUGAUCAAUGAAAACACCCUGUGCUAUGCAUUUCCACACCUUGUGAGCGACAGUCGAUGGUCAACCAUUGCCGCAAGAAUGCUCGGUCAGCAACUCACCCUUCGCGGUUCCGUGCACUUUGAAUGGGAUAGCGUCAACAGUCGAGUGACCAGUAUCGUGUGCAAGGCCGACAUACUGACACCGCUGCUUCAUCUUUUCGGGAACUUGGACGAGGUUUCUUGCGUAUUUGAGAAUGCUCGAUUGACUCCAGACGGUAGACUGGUUGUAAGUGAAUCUAUUCGAGUGUCUUAAUCAUUGUUGUACUGUACAAGUAUCAAACGUAUGAAUUGCUCGUGAAGAUUAUACUGCCCUAGCGAUUCAAUAAUAGUGUGCAUGACGAAGCAGG